GGUCAUUCAGGUUGACUACACUGAAACAGAUCCUUGCACAAUUUCGCUCUGGAGACUGAAGCUUCGGUUGUCAUGACAGGCAAAAUGACAGCUGAUGGAUGGAUGUGACAACUUCCUGUUGCAACGAGCACAGCAGAUAUAUUUACCUCAUAGAAAAAAAGCACAUAGAUUGAAUUUCAUGUUGUGUUUUUAUUCAUCUUGGUUGUUCACAACUUGUGGGCUUUUCCUGGUUGAGUUAUACUGAAAUGCUUUGCUAAUAAGAGUCUCAUGAACGCCCAUUCAUGCACAGAGACCAACAGUCAAGAGCACUUUUACUGAAACCAUCCACAGAUUAUACACAAUGGCGAGAGACACACCCCAAAGCGGAUGAGGUUCUGGCAUCCUGAACAGCUCUGAGGAGGGACUUGUCACUGCAGCAAAUGGGUUCCGUUAAACCUCGAAACUUUAAUGUAUGUUUGGCUCCGAGAGGUUACCAUAGGACAAUAAAACGUAAGAUUGGCUGCCGUUGCUGUUAAUCGUUCACAAAGUCUACAAACUCUCAAACAGCUGAUGACGCCGAAUCUUUUACCAGUGACUGGAAUUUGUUUUGGAAUUGUACCACGUGACCAGCAACAAGCGCAGUAGACAGAAAAACAUUGAAAGCCUUUCAAACACUUCUAAUUGUUCUUCUUAUCGCACAAGACCGCCGCACUAGGCCUAUGUCAGAGGAGCAAGGAAAAGAGUGUCCUUGUGAGAUGAGUCUCUCAGAGAAACAGAGUGUGCGAUCAGGCUCAUAUGUGUUCAGCUCUGUGUCUAUAAAGAGUGACCAAUCAAAAGGUGAACCACCGGCAUUCAGUGAGAAAAAAACAUCAUCUACCAAAAGCAUUCAGUACGAGACAUUAGGUUUAGGCAUCCAGACUCACAAGAACCAUUUCAAAGAAAACCUCCUGUGGAUCUUCCAGGAUCUUGAGAGUAAAGUGAUCAAGUUUCUGAAGGAUGAGCUAGAAACGUUUAAGAAAAUAUUACAAAAAGAGAACACACAAUACUUUGUGAAGGACUUUAAUGAGAAUAGAUGCAUUAUCAGUGAAGCAGCUCUUGAUCUCACACUCUACUUUCUUAGAAGUAUGAAGCAAGAUGAAGCUGCUGAUACUCUAGAAGAUGAGCUGUUCUUCAUUCAUCAGCUAAAAUGCAAUCUGAAGAAAAAGUAUCAAUGUGUGUUUGAAGGAAUUGCAAAGCAAGGUGACUCUAUACUUCUGAAUAACAUCUACACAGAUCUCUAUAUCACUCAGGGUUGUAGUGAACAGGUCAAUACUGAACAUGAGGUAAGACAGAUUGAGUCCUUUUCAAGGCAUAAUGAAUCACAUGAGAUACAAGUUGAAUGCAAAAAUUUAUUUGAAGCAACCGAACAAGACAAGGAGAUCAGAACUGUAAUGACAAAAGGAGUUGCUGGUAUUGGAAAAACCAUCUGUGUGCAAAAGUUUGUUCUGGAUUGGGCUGAAGAAAAAGAAAAUAAAAACAUCAGCUUCAUAUUUCCUCUUCCAUUCAGAGAGAUGAACUUAAAGGAGAAAGAAACACAAAGCUUGAUGGGUCUUCUAAAUGAGUUUUUCCCAGAGACAAAAGGACUGAACCUUACAAGAAAGAAUAAAUUUAAAGUUUUGUUCAUCCUUGAUGGACUGGAUGAAUGUCGUCUUCCUCUAAACUUUGACAGUAAUGAGACAUGGCAUGAUGUAUCAUCACCAGCUUCUCUAGAAGUUCUCCUAACGAACCUCAUCAAGGGAAAUCUGCUUCCUUCUGCUCUCAUCUGGAUCACCACCAGACCAGCAGCUGCCAGUAAGAUUCCUCCUGACUGUAUUGACCGGCUGACAGAGAUACGAGGAUUCAAUGAUGCACAAAAGGAAGAAUACUUCAAAAAAAGAUUAACAGAUGAAAAUCUGGCCAAAGAAAUCAUUGGUCACAUUAAACAAUCAAAGAGUCUCUUUAUCAUGUGUCACAUCCCAGUCUUCUGCUGGAUUUCAGCCACUGUUCUCCAGAAUAUUUUAGAGGAGAAAAGAAAGAAUGAUUUGAAAAACAAUCAAGCUGAUGGUGCCUCCAAAACACUACAGGAAUCAAAUACUGAAGACACUCCCAAGACCCUGACACAAAUGUACACACACUUUCUUCGCUUUCAAAUCCUGCAGAGCAGACGAAAGUAUGAUGGAAAAUACACUGCAGAUGUUUCCUGGGAUAAAGACGCCAUUCUUUCACUGGGGAAACUGGCAUUUGAUCAGCUGGAAAGAAACAAUGUGAUCUUCUAUGACACAGACCUGGAAGCCUGUGGUAUUGGCAUCUGUAAAGCAUCCGUGUAUUCAGGCAUGUGUACCCAGAUCUUUAAAAAGGAAACAGGUAUCAUUCUUGGUACCAUGUACUGCUUUGUUCACUUAAGCAUUCAAGAGUUUAUUGCAGCCCUUUAUGCACAUCUGUUUCUAGACAUCAACAAGAAAAUUGUGUUUGUUCAUGAGUCUACAGAACAGGAAAAUAAAGAUGAAACCAUGAUUGAUUUGCUUAAGACUGCAGUGGACAAAGCACUCGAGAGUGACAAUGGACACCUGGACCUUUUCCUUCGCUUCCUUCUUGGUUUGUUACUCCAAUCCAAUCGACAACUCUUACGAGGUCUGUUGACACAGCAAGGCAACAAUGACAAGAGCAAAAAGGAAAUAGUUCAUUACAUCAAGCAGAAAUUAGAAGAUAAUCCAUCUCUAGAGAGAUCCAUCAAUCUGUUCUACUGUCUGAAUGAACUGAACGAACAAACUCUGGUGAAAGAGAUUCAGAUCCACCUUAACAAAGGAAGUCUCUCAUCUGCUGACCUUUCUCCUGCCCAGUGGUCUGCUUUGGCCUUUGUGUUGUUGACAUCAGAUGAGGAGAUGGAUGAGUUCGAGCUUCAGAAAUUCAAGAAAUCAGAUGAGUGUCUCAUUAGAUUAUCAGCAAUCAUCAAAACAUCCAAAAGAGCUCUGUAAGUCAUUUAAUAAAGUCUUGUUUUUGCACUCAUCUGGAAAACAUUUCUCUACAUUAAUCAAUGGUUAUUCUUAAUCAUGUUCCAUGUGCAAUACAACUAUUUGAAAAUCUGGAAUCUAAGUUUGCAUAAAAAUCUAAACCCCCUAAGUUGUCCAAAUGAAUUCUUAGCUAUGCAUAUUAAAA